AUGCAGCCACACAGCCGUGCAGCCACACAGCCAUGCAGUCCCAUAGCCGUGCAGUCCCACAGCAGUGCAGUCCCACAGACAUGCAGUCCCACAGCAGUGCAGUCCCACAGCCAUGCAGUCCCACAGCCAUGCAGUCACACAGCCGUGCAGCCACACAGCAGUGCAGUCCCACAGCAGUGCAGUCCCACAGCAAUGCAGGUACACAGCAAUGCAGCUACACAGCAGUGCAGUCCCAUAGCCAUGCAGUCACACAGAAGUGCAGUCACACAGCCAUGCAGUCACACAGCCAUGCAGCCACACAGCAGUGCAGUCACACAGCAGUGCAGUCACACAGCAAUGCAGCCACACAGCCAUGCAGUCACAUGGCUAUGCAGUGACAUAGCAAUGCAGUUCCACAGCAAUGCAGUCCCACAGCAGUGCAGUCACACAGCCAUGAAGUCACACAGCCAUGCAGUCACACAGCAAUACAGUCAACAGCAGUGCAGUCCCACAGCAAUGCAGCUACACAGCACAUAUCCUCUUGUAUCAGGCACUCUUCAGUUUCUGUGA